GCCAGCUGGGGGCUGCAGGGUGAUAUGGCUGCUGGGAUAGAGGCCUCCUCAUUAACAGCGAGAUGUUAAUGUCUCGCGCUUAGUCAGUUACUCCAGCCCCAUGGUCUGAAUGGCCCAUCCCGUGCAGCGUGAGCUCAAUUCUGCCCCCCGUCUUUCAGAAAGAUUACAUCCUGCUCCCCUCUUCUGGAUUCCUCUACCAUUCCUCCCCCCUCUGCACACGCUCCGUGUGGUGGCCUGGAAAAGUGCCCCUGAGGCGGUCUUCCCCAUCUCGGGAAUGUCGCCCGACCGGUCUGGGAGCAUGCCGCUGGGCGAAGAAUGGCAUUGGAGUCCGUCGUUGGGGAAUUUCUUCGGAGCCCCUCCCGAGCUUGGCCUCUCCCCCUGCUCCGAAUUCCUCAUGCGCUGAAGCGGCCUAAAAGGCCGUCGGGCCAGUUUGAAGACCCCGUCUCCACCCCCUCCUUUCUCUCUCUCGCUCUGCUGGGCCUCCUGCCCUUCAGCCCAGCCUGGUGUGUUUGUCACAAGUGUUUCAGGGCACUUGGGCACAGCUGGCCCUGUGCUCCGAGACCAAGGCAUUAAGCGAGAGCACCCGACCCCUGCCUGACCCCCGCCCUCCGACCCCUCGCUCGCCAGCGCCCCCAUGGCCUCGGGCGGCUGGGGGGAGGAGCAGUUCUCCUGCUCGGUGUGCCUGGAGCUCCUCCGGGAUCCCGUGACCAUCCCCUGCGGGCACAGCUACUGCCGGGGCUGCAUCGAGCGCCACUGGGACGGGGGGGCGGCGGCGGGCGUCUACAGCUGCCCGCAGUGCCGGCGGACCUUCUCCCCGCGGCCCGUGGUGGGCCGGAACACCCUGCUGGUGGAGCUGGUGGAGAAGCUGAAGGAGUGGGGUCCUCCUCCUCCUCCUCCUCUUCCUCCUCCCCCCGCCGGGCCCGGCACCGUGCUGUGUGACGUCUGCCCCCGGGACAAGCAGAGCCCCGACCGGAGGCGGCGCGGGCAGCGGGCGCUCUCGGCCGCGACGGGGAGGGCGGAGAAGCAGGAGCAGCUCAGGGCAGCGCAGGCGGAGACCCGGGCGGCGAUCCGGCGCGGAGAGGACGAGCUGCGGGAGCUGAGGCGGGCCGCGAGGACGCACAAGAGCUCUUCUUGCGCAGCCCGGGAACAGAGCAGGGAGGUCUUCGAGGAGCUGAUCGGCUUCUUCCAGAGCGCCCGUCUGAAGGUGGACGAGCUCCUCGUGGGGCACGAGGAAGACGCUGGCGGCCUUACGGAGGCCCUCAUCCAGCGCCUGGAGCAGAGGGUCAGCGAGCUUCAGAGGAGAGAGGCGGAGAUGGAGCAGCUCUCUCACACAGAGGAUCACAGCUGUUUUCUGCAGAACUUCCACACUCUCUGCGCUUCCCUGCAGCCUGCGGAUGUUCCUGGCGUCGUCCCGGGUCCCGACCUGUCCUUCACGGCGGUGAGGAGGGCGGUGUCCGGUCUCCGGGAGAGGGUGGUGGAGGUCUGCAAUGAGGAGUUGGCCAAGAUCUCCGAGACAGUGAAGCGGACGACGGUUUAUACCCUGAGCCCUGGGGACACGGACGUGUGUGCAAAUGGGGCCUGUGAUCCAGCUGGGACUGUGGAGUCCGGGGCCUCAGCUACCUGCACACCAGUGUCCCCAGUGGAGGAGGACGCACUGUGUGGUUUGAAACUUCAGGAGCCCAGAACCAGAGAAGAGUUAUUAAAAUACGCCUGCCCCCUGUCGCUGGAUCCGGACACCGCCUUCAGACACCUGGGCCUCACGGAGGGCGACCGCCGGGGCACGCUGAGGCGCGAGGCCCAGCCCCGCCCCGAGCACCCGGACCGGUUCGACUACUGGCGCCAGGUGCUGUGCCGGCAGGGCCUGGCCGGGGGGCGCCACUACUGGGAGGUGGAGUGGAGCGGGCCCAAGGUCUCCAUCGGGGCGUGCUACCGGGGGAUGGGCAGAAAGGGGGCCGGGCCGCAGAGCCGGCUGGGCCACAACGCCAAGUCCUGGAGCUUGUACUGCUCGGGCUCCGGCUGCUCCCUCUGGCAUGAUGGGAAGGAGACGGCGGGCGGCCGCGCCAGGUGCCCCAGGGUGGGCGUCUUUCUGGAUCACGGGGCGGGGGUCCUGGCGUUCUACGGCGUCGCGGAGGGCGUGACCCUGCUGCACAGAGUCCGGGCCGCCUUCGCCGAGCCCCUGUACCCCGGGUUCCGGUUGUGCUCCACCGUGGGCUCCAGCAUGAGCCUGUGCCCGCUGGAUCGAGCUUCCCUGGAGAGUGAGCCCGUCCCUCCAGGUGGGGCUCUGGAGAGUCGGCGCGGCUCAUCCCAUCCGGGCGCAGUCUAGGCUUGCGAGACGUUCUUUUCCUGCGCGAUCGGCAUCCAGAGGAGGGGGGGAGACGUUUUGAGUUUGUGAGCCGACUGAUCUUUCUCCGCUGCCGAGCGAUUUGCUCCGUGCCGGGUUCUGCUUGGCAGUAGCUCUACUGUAUUUUGGCUAUCCUUUUUGUCCUCCUCUAACGAUUUUCGGAGAGAUGUUGAAAGAGAUUCCGCCUUUUUUGUAUCUGUACUUGCCUGGUGAGUUUCAUACGAAUCCGUGCUGUGGGUUGUGGUACAGGAAUCUCUACACAAUCGGCUUUGUGCUUCUGUGGUGAUUCUGGAUUAUGUGUAGGUUAAACUAAAGGCUCCGUACACUGUACUGUAUGUACAGCCUUCCUUUAUUGGCGUAAAUAUAAGCUUUCUCUAAUGCAAGCUCACUGUGUACGUGAAUUAAUUGGAUCAACGUUAAUCUAACAGACAAUCUUGAUUUAAUGUACACUCGCCGUAUUCCACCUGCAAUGGAGCUGACAUGUCAGUGCUAGUAGAGAUUAUUAUGGAGAAUUUGAAUGUGCUCCUGAUCAGAUGGUGUGAUGAAUGACUACUGUAUAUUCUGAUUUUGUUUUUUAUGGAUGUGAUUUUUAAUGCAUGCCCAAUAAGGAAUAAUAAAGAUUUUCUGGUGUUGAAGGAUUGUUUGCAUAA